AGAGAGAGAGAGAGAGAUAGAUGACUCUGGGCCUAAUUAAUGCGAACCCAGUGGUUCACGCCAAGAAGGAGAGGAUUGCUCGCACCGAAGAUCUUCACUGUGAUGACGCCGUUGAUCCACUCGAAAUCUAUGAUUACGUGAGGGAUAUAAGAGAUCCGGAGCAUCCGUAUUCACUGGAACAGCUCAGUGUUCUCUCUGAGGAGUCCAUUGCCGUUGACGAGAAGCUCGGCCGUAUUCUGAUAACUUUUACCCCAACCAUUCAGCACUGCAGCAUGGCAACAGUAAUUGGCCUUUGCCUUAGAGUUAAACUAAAGGAAUGUUUCCCUCCACAUUUUAAGGUAGACAUUAAAGUGGCUCCUGGAUCCCAUGCAAAUGAAGAAUCAGUUAACAAGCAGUUGAAUGAUAAAGAAAGAGUUGCAGCUGCAUUGGAGAAUCCAAACCUCCGACAACUUGUGGACGAGUGCCUUUACUCCAAUGAACUUUGAUCAAUUACACUUGACAGCCAUCCCCUCAAUCCAUUGUGUACAUAAAUGACUUAACGAAGACAACUUUAGCUUGUAGUGGUUUGCAGUGUGUAUAUUGUAACAUCCUAUCUUUAUCUAGAAUAAACUCCAAAAUACACUGCAUUUUAUACA